GAGGAGAUGAUGAAGGAGUAUGGGAUAGAUCCCGUCCUCCUCCCUCGCCUCAUCCUCCACAAGUUUCCGAACCAGGAUGCCGUUAAGGUGUUCCAAGGCAAGAUCUCCCUCCUAGAGCUCUGCAAGUUUCUAGUCGUCGCCUUGCACGAGGACGAGGUCGUGGACUUCUCAGCUCCCUCCAAGGACCUCCCCGUCAUUCGCUCGCAGGACAUGGCAGAGGUCGCCGACCGCUCGCUCCCCCUCGCCAUCCUCUUCGUUGAGUUGGAGACGACGCCGCAGAUCUGGAGCUACAUGUCGCUCCUGUUCCAGGAGGUCUUCCAGUUUGCUGUCGUCCCCAAGAGUAACGACUUGCUCUGCGAGCUGUACACCAUCGAGACGUUCCCGGCGAUGAUAGUGAUCGGGGUGAACGAUAAGGAGGUGCAUCGCUAUGAAGGCGACGUCGACUACUCGUCCGUCUCGCUGUGGCUGAGUGACGUGUCUGUCAGGAUGGACUGAAGCAGCAGCAGCAGCAGCAGCAGCAGCAGCAGCAGCAGCAGAAGGACGAGAGGAGAGGAGGGGUGAGGUGAGAAAAAGUGAAGGCAAGGGGCAGGAGGAGAGGGCGGAGCGGUGGUGAAGACAAGGACAGGGAUGGAGAGGAGACCAGCAGGAGGACUUCGUCUUUGACAUGCGACCUUUACAACCUCAAGAGCUUCAAGUUUUUCCCAGCUCAGCGACCUCUACAUUUACAGCAAUCAAUACAGCCCUAUGAAACC